AAUCAUGGGCAGCGCCCCCGACCGUCCGACGAUCGACGAGGCACUGCGUUUGUCGAUGCCCAAGAGCCCGCGGUCCCGGUCGCUCAAGUACUACUACGAGCACCGCGACGACGUCCUCGCCAAGUUGCGUGCAAACUACGGCGACAACAAGGAACGCGAGCGCUUGCGCCAGCGGGAAAAGUACCUCCGGCGCAAGGCCCGUCAAGAGGCGACUGCCGUGGCGCCGCUGGACCUUCGUCUGCGCGUGGCGUUCCUUCUCAACGAGCCGCCGUCGCCCCAUUCGACUUUGUAGGUAUCGAAAAGGUCUUCGAAAGAAAACAACAACUACCACUCACGCCGGGUGAC